AUGGAAGAUAUCUUUCACGGAAGUUUUUACAACGAACCGGCCUUUGACGGUGCUUUUCUGAACGAUGGCUUCGCCCCCGAGAGUCGAGUCGGUUUUGGCCUCACAGAUGAGCAGCUGAAUUCGAUCGUUAAGUACAGAGACACAGAGUAUCCUUCAACAGCUACCACCGUGCAAUACCAUGAAUUAUCUACCUUUUCGUACGACAAAACUCCACAAUGCCAAGCGUCAGGCCAAACGCUUCAGGACAGUACGCCUACAACCUUGGAGGUGCUGGAUGAAAUCUGUCUGGGUAAUAACACGCUGGAAAAUACUGAGACCACGGGAACCUACGACGGUGAUGUUUGCCCACGACAAGGCCGCGGACAACCUUUGAAAAAAAUGCGCCGUCUUCGCGCCAACGAUCGAGAACGGCGUCGAAUGCGGUCUUUGAACAGAGCAUUAGAAAGCCUCAAGAAAUGUUUACCAGUUCCACAAAGCAAGCGGCGCGUGACCAAGCUAGAAAUACUUCGAAUCGCUUGUAAUUACAUCCGGUCACUCUCGGACACUCUCAGCGAAGAUUCACGAGGUAACGACGGCCCGAGUCGGGGAAGAAAGUCACGAUCCCGCGGGAUUGUCGGUGAUCCCGUUGUAAACGGGUUUUCAGUCGCCCAAAGGUUAGAAAUUCUGUCGGGAAAUAACACAAGCCGCAUUUGAGCUGAAGAAAUUCUAACGUUUUGCAGGUCUAUAAACUAUCUAGAUUUUCUCAUUGUUGCUGAGUAAUUAUGUAUUUAAUCUUCGAUAAUUCAGGUGAGAAAGGUUGCAUUUUAUUGUUAAUAUUGUCAGAUAGAUGUCGACUUUGGACACCUUAUGCUUGUAAAUAUAUCGAACGUGGUUUUUGAAAGAUAUUUUGAAGUCAGUAAACAAGCGUCGAAAUAACUGAUAUGUUGCCCGAGAAACAGCGUUGGAUUUGUCUUACAAAUCUAGAGAGCCAUCUGAACUUUUACGCAUCAAAUGGUUUAUAACUGUGCCUUUUCAUGUAUGUGUUUCAAUUACUGCAUCUAAUUUCAUUGAGACUUUUAACUUCGUAUUAUACGCUGCUAUAAGGUAGAAAAACAACAGCGAAUUCAGUAAAGACAAAAAAAAUGGGAAAAAAUGUUUGGUGCCCUUUAUAUCCGUUUAAAUUUCAAACGGAAGGCGCAUUUACUUAUUGUGAUAUUUCUGCAUGUUAUGUUGAAAACAUAAACAGCUGAAACUGGCAAAUAUACAUA